GCUCCGGCACCUUCGGCAAUUUCCGUCGGACCCUGGCCGCCAUUUUCUCGCCGCUUGUGAGGCUCGCUGGCUGCGUGGCUCGGUUCUUGGGAGCGAAGCUUUGUCCGGUUCGGCAAUGGACGGAAUUGUCUCUGAUGUUGCUGUUGGUGUGAAGAGAGGAUCUGACGAACUACUCUCAGGCGGUGUUCUCAAUAGUCCCAACUCUAAUAUGAGUGGUAUGGUAGUUACAGCUAAUGGUAACGAUAGUAAGAAAUUCAAAGGAGAUGAUAAGAUGGAUGGUGCUCCCUCUCGUGUGCUUCAUAUUCGAAAAUUACCUGGUGAAGUGACAGAAACAGAAGUUAUUGCUUUAGGCUUACCUUUUGGUAAGGUGACAAACAUCCUCAUGCUGAAAGGAAAAAAUCAGGCAUUUUUGGAACUGGCAACAGAGGAAGCAGCUAUUACCAUGGUUAAUUACUAUUCUGCUGUGACACCUCAUCUUCGUAACCAACCAAUUUAUAUCCAAUACUCCAAUCACAAAGAACUAAAAACAGAUAAUACAUUAAACCAACGUGCUCAAGCAGUUCUUCAAGCUGUGACAGCUGUCCAGACAGCAAAUACACCUCUUAGUGGUACCACAGUCAGUGAGAGUGCAGUGACUCCAGCCCAGAGUCCUGUCCUUAGAAUUAUUAUUGACAACAUGUACUACCCUGUCACACUUGAUGUUCUUCACCAAAUAUUUUCCAAGUUUGGUGCUGUAUUGAAGAUAAUCACAUUCACAAAAAAUAACCAGUUUCAAGCUUUGCUCCAAUAUGGUGAUCCAGUAAAUGCUCAACAAGCAAAACUAGCCCUAGAUGGUCAAAAUAUUUAUAAUGCUUGCUGUACCCUAAGGAUUGAUUUUUCCAAACUUGUGAAUUUGAAUGUAAAAUACAACAAUGAUAAAAGUAGGGAUUAUACUCGACCUGAUCUUCCAUCUGGAGAUGGCCAGCCUGCAUUGGACCCAGCUAUUGCUGCAGCAUUUGCCAAGGAGACAUCCCUUUUAGGGCUUCCUGUUGCAGCUGUUCCAGGAGCUCUCAGUCCUUUGGCCAUUCCCAAUGCCGCUGCAGCAGCUGCUGCGGCUGCUGCUGGCCGUGUGGGUAUGCCGGGAGUCUCAGCUGGUGGCAACACAGUCCUGUUGGUUAGCAAUUUAAAUGAAGAGAUGGUUACGCCCCAAAGUCUGUUUACCCUCUUCGGUGUUUAUGGAGAUGUGCAACGCGUGAAGAUUUUGUACAAUAAGAAAGACAGUGCUCUAAUACAGAUGGCUGAUGGAAACCAGUCACAGCUGGCCAUGAAUCAUCUGAAUGGACAGAAAAUGUAUGGAAAAAUUAUUCGUGUUACUCUGUCUAAACAUCAGACUGUGCAGCUACCUCGAGAAGGGCUUGAUGAUCAGGGGCUGACAAAAGAUUUUGGUAAUUCCCCACUGCAUCGUUUUAAGAAACCUGGAUCCAAAAAUUUUCAAAACAUUUUUCCUCCUUCUGCAACCCUUCACUUAUCUAAUAUCCCUCCUUCAGUAGCAGAAGAGGACCUCCGAACACUGUUUGCUAACACUGGGGGCACUGUGAAAGCAUUUAAGUUUUUUCAAAGAGAUCACAAGAUGGCUCUUCUUCAGAUGGCCACAGUGGAAGAAGCUAUCCAGGCCUUGAUUGAUCUUCAUAACUACAACCUUGGUGAAAACCAUCAUCUCAGAGUGUCAUUCUCCAAGUCAACAAUUUAAGAGGGGGGAGCUGAAGAUUUGGGUGAAUCACAUUUGUUUGGUGUCAUCACCUAUUGACUGUUCAGAAAAGUGGGGACCAGAGUUUGAUUUUUUCAUGCUGUUAUCAUUCCUUGGUUUAAAUGAAAUGGCAUAUGUAAAGACGGAGUUAUUAACUGCUAUAUUUCAUCUGUUUUAUAGGGAAGCCAUUUUUAUUGUCUGUUUAAAUUUUGAGUUUAAUUUUGCUUUCUUUUUUCAACUUAGUUGACAUACGUGCCUUACAAAGGAAAACUAGUGUUGCUGUUGUGCAUUUACUAGAAGAAGGAAUUGGUUGUCUAGGGCACAUCGUUAAAUGGGAGUUAAAAUUUGUUUAGGCAGGGGUGUGUAAAAAGGUUAAGUUUUUGUUUCUCCUGCUUGGAACUUAUUUUGAAUUAUUGGCUUAUCACAUUUCUUUCAAUUAAGAUACUUGAUAAUUGAAAGAAUAAAGCAACAUUUUUAGUUUUUACUACCUUAGGCUUUCUUGCUUUUGAACAAACAUUGGCCUUUUGUAUUUCACAAUUCUGGUCUAGAUUCUGUUAUGAAUGUAGGCAUUAGUUAAAAUUAACACGAUGCAGAGUAUUAAUUUCUUAAGACAACAAGUGACUUCUGUAAGUUUGAGCCCUAUGUGGAAAGCAUUGUGGAAUCUUAACCUUUUUUUGUACACACUCUUGUGGGACGUAUCAUAUAAAUGUCAGCACUAAGUAAUGUCUUGUUUGUGGCUGAAUAUUUUUCGUAGAUGUUUUUGAAGUUGACAUGACUUACGUGCAUUUAAAUAUAUAUUGCCAUCCUUAGUUUGUAAUUAAGAUUUGGAAAUGGUUGUGGAUUUCUGAGCAUGUGCAGACUGGUCUAGCUAGUUCAGGAACUGGUGCAUGUAUUUUUCAAACAAAGAAAGUGUACUGCGAAAAUUUGCAGGAAGAUUAAUUUUGUGGCAGUUUUCUAAAACUGACAACCAGGUGGGACCAAAGUUUAUGUGCCUUUAGUCUUAAUUUACCUUGCAUUGUAAUAUUCAGUUUUAAUAAAUCUUCAAAAUAUUUUGUAUUUAGGAAUAGAUCUGACUUUAAUAAAAACAUGGCUCAGAAUCUACAGGUCAAAUUUAUUUGAACAGUUCUUGUCAAUCUGAAUUGUUGAUUCUGUUAAAUGACCAAUGCUUUUUGAAAUUGAUGUACUUAGUUUCAAGAUCAUAGAUUCUGUUAUCUAUGUAGACAGAAUGGUCAUGUAUAUUUUCUAUUAGUUGAGUUUUUACAUCUUUAGAAUGUAAAAUUCAGUAUAGUUUGAAAGCGGCACAAUUAAAAAUUAAUUUUCUAACAAAGUGGGAGGUUUGAUGGUUGUUUAAUUUCAUUCUGUGUGUACUCUGCUUACCUCUGUAGCAUGCUCAAUAAACACUUCUGUAGCUCUGUA